CAAAAUUGCACUGAUCAGACGCAUUUAUAUUGCAGAACGUACGACAUUUGGAUAAAUGGUGCUCAGAUUUAAGCAGAAAAUUAAAAGAUAAUUAUGGAAUUUAUGAUGGUGUUCUCUUUCACCGGCAUGCUUUUCUGCUUUGUCACUCAAAUUGUUGCAGAUGGAAAUGCAACAACGUAUAUUAUUGCCCUGCUAGGGCAAGACCUACCAAGCAAUGCCGAUAACCUUGAAUAUCAACUUAUCAUUGCUAAUGAAGAAUUAAGACAGAUAUCUGUACAAAUAAAUAACAUUCACGGAACAGUUGAGACAUUGACAGUGGAAGCUAAUGAAAUAAAAAUCCGAACACUUGAGCACGAAAUGGCUAUGAAUGGAUCUGAAUUAAGCAAUAAGUCUCUUGAAGUUCAUUCAGAUGACGGCAAGUUUGUGUUACAAGUUUUCUCCAAGAGGGAUGACUACUCAGAGGGCUUAUUAGCAAUUCCAAUACAACAAAUGAAUGGACCAAACCAACUCAAUAAAACUGUGUACGAAUUCGUCGUCGCUACAUUUUGUGCGGUAGGUGGGUAUUGUCAGAUUGCUAUAGCUGCGGUAGAAAACAACACAGAAGUUUUUGUCGACAUUCCAGAAAAAGUCGAAGAAAUAGCAAUUUGUAAUAAAUCUUCGUAUUUCCGCUCACAUAGGGACAAAGGCUUUACGAUGAACAAAUUUGAAGCCUUACAGCUUGAAACCACAUACGAUCUAACCGGAACAGUUAUUUUUAGUUUUAAGCCUAUUGCUGUAUUUGUUGGCUCAAGAAAUGUAACUAAUGGCGGUAUUGUUGCUCAUACAAUGGAACAACUUGUGCCUUCUUCACACUGGGGGACGGAGUUUGUAGUCCAAACCUUAGGCUCUAAUGGAUAUGGUGAUAUUUUGAAGAUAGUGAGUCACUAUACAAGCACGAUGGUUACCAUGAGUGGCUUCCCGUCCUUCAACAUGACAGAGAGAUAUCAGACCGUGACACGACGGCUUAGCAAGGGGACGAGAAGUCACAUACAGGCUUCGCACCCAAUACAGGUAAUUCAGAUAUCUGGACUAACAUACGCCACAGAGGAUGAAACAUCAAUGCUAAGUAUGACUGUAGUUCCAUCAGUACAAAAUGCCUGGCAAUCCUUUAAGGUUGCUUGUCCGGAAAGUUACUCAACCACGCAAUUUCAAAUUGUAUCAGAAAAAAAAUCAUGCACAAACACUUAUGCAGAUCCUGCCAACCAUAAUGACUUUGAGUCGUGUGCGAAGCAAAAGGACCCUUCACGGAUGAAAUACACAAAAUACGUUAUAGGGAACAUUCUUGGAAAGGCCAGUGAAAGUGUCCAAAGUCUCAAAAAUGAGGCGUCUAACAUAAGCGGAAUACUUAAAUGUGGGCAGACUAUUUUGUUGCCAGUUGGAAUUCUAUACAAUGAGAAUGUGUUGGGAACGAUUCCUGUUGAAACUCCUGAAUAUCCUGGAGGAGUCUGCAAAGAAGGUGGCAAAGGCACAACGACACCAAACCUUCCUUAUCACCUAGACUUGCAAAAAUAUUCAGAGCAUGCGCUUCAUCUUAGAGUUCAGGUUUGCGGGUCUGCAACUUUGCGAUUCAUGAGCUUGUCAACUACGAUAGAUGCACUAGUUAGCAAUGAAGGAAUACAGAUAGCCUCAUGCGAAACUUCCUGUGAAAUUCUUGAUAAAAAUUCAACUGGAGACAGUUUCAACAAAGACGCAGGUAUCAGCUGUACAUCAGACAUGUCGUUUUUCUGGUUCCGGCAAGUUAAUAGUAUGUUUUGUCUUGGAACUGGCUAUCACAACGAAACCGAAUGUGUUCAAGGUUCCACGCGGGACAAUGUUUUACGAAUUUCAACGAAAGCCUCUAUCACAAAUGUUUCAAUGAUGGGCACAGUUGCGGAGGCGACCUUUAAUUGGGAUUUUAUACAUGUCAAUGGUUGCAAGGAAUACGAAACGGAAUGGCGCUGUACAGAUAGACUUGUGAAUUGUUCUAAGUUUGAAGAAGGCUUUUGUACAAGAUAUGCAGACUUUGCGAAAUAUAAUUGUGCAAAAUAUUGUGGAAUAUGCUUUGCAGAUAGCUAUGGUAGAAAAUUCCUAGUAAGACUACCUUUGAAGAUAUUUGAAAAAUGCUUGAUUUUAGUAACACCACUCAAUGAAAAUACCCACGUUGGAGUGACCAUAAAAAAAUACGUCAAUAAACAAACACUUAAAGAAUCCAUUUCCAGUGCACGAGGAGAUGGUGAAGAUGGCGGAAGAUAUUAUAACUGUUCAAACAUUUACAUUCACAACUUUAAAAUAAUUAGUGAUGACGAUGUUGCUGUAGUUGUAUAUAACGUUUAUGAUGAACAUAAUACGCAAAUUGAAAGCUCUAGAAUAUACCCAGUAGAUACAUUUGGUACAGAGUUCAUGCUUUUGGCACAUAAUAAAACAGACAAGAAAAAAUGCAGGUUUAUAUCUGAGCAUGUAGAUGUCAAAGUAACAGCAUACUUUUCAGGUAGUGUUUUAAGUAGUGCAGGUCUAAAAGACUCUGAGAGCAGUUCUGUCAAGGAAAAAAGUAUUUUGGGGUUGGAAAAUCAACAUGAAAUUUCUGGAACCAGUUUAAUUUUUAAUAAACCUUCUAUGGCGUUUUGUUAUUUCGCAGACAGUCCUGGUAGUAUCCUUCCGGUUAACACAUGGUCUAACAAAUACGUUGUCCCUGCCGUUGAAAUUGAAUCAAAUGAACGUCAGUUUAAAGGCAUUUUGCACAUCGUUUCGUAUACUGAUAACAAUAUUGUGACAAUAUCUGGCGGCUUUGAUGCUAAACAUGCAAUAUAUAGCAAAGGAGAUAAGAUUGAACAAGAGAUAGACGUAGCUGUACCAUAUCGUUUAACAUCAGUAGGAAAUAUCGCGGUUGGAUUAUAUCUACAAGAUAGGGAGGAUUCCAGCAAAUAUACAUUCAGUUUGUUACCUUCCACUGAAAAUCAUCACGACACUAUUUUGACAUCAGUCCCGGCAAUUUUGUUUUCUGAUAUGGAUACUACAAAAACAGAAUUUUCGACAUUUUCUGUCGACCAAAAUCUUGUUGUAAAAAAUGAGACAAUGUUGAUAGGCAGAGACAGUCACCCAGAACUAUUCGAACAGAAAAUAAGUACAGGCGAAUCGAAAUAUGAAAUUGCAAUGUUGCAUUCAGCGACAAGGUGGCUAAUCGUUCCAGGAAAUAUAAAAGCAAAACACAUUUCACAACAAGAGAAGAAUAUCUGCAGAAUAUCAAACUCGACACACGGUGAUGGGGUUGACAAUGACUGUGAUGGUUUGAUAGAUGAAGAUGGUUUCUAUGGUGAUAUUUACGGGGUUUAUAAAGAAGAUAAUGAUCUUGAUGGGGACUUUGGGGAAGAUUACGGUGGUGACAAAAUUUCAGGUUUGAACGUCACUACAAAGCCAGAUGAGCCGGUUUGUUUUGAGAUAAAACAUGUUCCAGGACAGUGCUGGAAGGCAUGCACGUGCAAAUGCUCAUGGGUUGAGAGAUUAAAGAAGGAAAGAAAUAUGACCCAUGAACAACUUGUUGAAGCACAGCAAAAUUCUAUUUUGCAACACAAAAUAAACAUGAAGCUUAACAACGAUAAACUGGCAGCAACUAUGUCAAAGAAGAAAAGCGCUGCUGAUGGGCGUAAAAGCGCGUCAAAUAUUGGCUACGCCGGCAUAGCAGUGUUUGCCGUUACAUUUUUAAUAGUUUUUAUUAUGGAUCUAGGUGCGCUCAAACGGGAUGCUCUGAUACUUUUUGCAAAUUUAAAGGACGGUUAUGAAAGUGUAUGUGAAAUCAUUGGGAAGUGCUGCAAAAAGAAAGAAGAGGUGCCGCUCGAAAUGAAUAACAUCCAGUGAAAUAUAAUGAAUACAAAUAAGAAUAAAAAUGAAUUUUGAUAAUAAAAUCGUUACCAGCUUUAAGCAAAAUUUAAUGUUUUGUAUACAUUUUAACAAGUGCUAGAUAGAAAAUAUUAGAAUAGACAAUGAAAUAAUACAUGUCUCAUAAAGUGUUAUAAUGCAAAAGUUAAAAAGAUAUAUACAUAGGAAUGGUCCACAAUCUCUAAAAGGCAGGGAUAAACCGGGGAGAUAUAAAACAAAAAUCAUGCACAAAUCAUUUUAACAUCUUGUUAGUACAGUACUGUAAAUAGUUGAAGUAAUAAGCAAAGGCAUUUCUGUCCGUUUUGCCCAAGUACAUCCACAAUUUCUAAAAGGCAGAGUAUAAACCGGGGAAAUAUCAAAAAUGAAAAAUCUUAUUUAUUCUAGGGGUUUUGGACGGUGUUACAAUUUACGUGAUCAUUAUGUGGUAUUUUAGUAUUAAUCCUUUUGGAGUGGCGUCCCAAACUUUUUCUUAAUCAUUCAUUGUUGUGUAGGCGUUGUGCUCUUGAGGAUAUUGUGAUGCGAAAAAAGAAUACUCUGCAUUUUGUUCUCCGUUCCCGGGGCGUGGCGCUACAUUCCUUUUAUUAAAUUGAAUACUAUAUAAUGAGUUUAUAAUGUGUUUAAUCAUAAUUGUUUAAAAUGAUUUCUCAUACAGUAUUUUUUUCUCGGUUAUUUGCAGCUCUUAACGGACAAGCUAAAGUAAAUGUUAUGAACUGAACUGAACUACAAAUUCACAAUAGUUCUGUUACAUUUCCCUAUUUCUUGGAUCUAUUGCUUCCAGUAUGUAUAUAUCUGGUAAUGUUUUAUUCUUGCACAAUAAUAAGGAAUGGAUUCGAUUCUCUGAGUUUCCAUUUACCAGCUUUUCUAACGAAUAGACUCAACUAAAGUAUCUAACUAAAAACGAUUUUUUUUCUUUCAUAUAUAUAUAGGAUUGUAUCAUUAUAGCAAUGUUACAUUUAAGAAAAAAAUAUAAUAUACGUUUAUACGUCGGUCAUCUUUUCACCAUUUCUUGAUCUAUCAAGUUCCAAUGUAAUUUGGCGUGUAUAUAUGUGUUCAACGUAUUAUCAAAACAUAUUUUACUCUACUAUAAACGUCGAAUAUACCGGUACAUUGAACUCUGAGAUUGGUGAAAGAGGAUGGUAGUUUUGAUAAUUUUCAUGUUGAUGAUUUUGAUGGUUACGGUUGUUGUAAGAAGUAACGCAAGUAUUUCAAAACGACUGAUUUCUCAGAAAUUAUAUAAUAACAAUAAAUGGUGAAAGAUGGUGGUAAUUAUGAUUAUGAUGUUGGUGAUUUUGAUGAAUGCGGUUGUUGGUUGUGUUGGUGGAUUGUUUUUAAAUGUUGUUGUUGUUGUCCUCGUCAUCGUUGUUGUUGUUGCUGUUGUUGUUAUUAUUGUUGGCGGUGGUUGUUGUUGUUUCGAAAUGUCUAUAAAUAUCUAAAUGCCACAAUUAUGUAUUUAAGUAAUCUCAUCAAAAUUACUCUUUAAAAUAUCUUCUUUUUUCAAACUGACAUACGUUCGUAUAAAAAUAUUUUAAAAUCUAAUGAUGCAUUUAGCAAAAAUAUAUCCAAUGUGUUUGUGAAAACAGCUUUUUUCCUCUAAAACAAAUGGUCCAAAUAUGACCAUGUUUUUUUGUGAAGGGAUGUUUACAAAGUUGUUCAAAGGGUUUCGGCUCAUUUCAAAUCUUGGACACAGACAGAAGCUAUUUUAGAUUUUCUAUUUUCAUUAUAUCUAAAAUAUAUGACAUCAUUGCCUGGAUCAGCACUCCAAUAAUAACUAUUCUGCACAUUCUUCACAUUUUUCAAAUCAACUUACAACUGAAUAACCGAUUUUGAAUGUUUAAAUUCGUUUUUCUCUAAUGUUAAAAAAAAGAAUAAGCUCAUUAUCGCAUACAAAGGGAUGAUGCGUAUCAUUGCACUGAGAAACUUUUCAAGUUAUAUAAAUUAUUGCUCUGGAGUCAAUGUCAUGUUCUUGGGUCAUAUUUGCAUAGUGACCUGUAAAGAAAAUUUGCAUAACAAUCAUCUCUUUUAUGUGUCUUAGUGGCUUGCAUAUAGCUGGAAGAUAUUAUUUUAGUUGAACAAUCGUGGUCCACUAUGGCCCUCUUUCCACUCUCUGCGUUUGGAUUAUUUUCUCAAUGUGUGUAUUUCAUCUAUUAAUUUCUAUUCAAGGUCAAAUGCUGAAACUUUUUCAGAUCAAAACAGAUCUUUGCCAUAUUAUAUUGUAUAUUAACAAUAAUAGUAACCAGUAAUACGGAGACAUAUAGUGUUAGCUAUAAGGAGGCAAAUAAUGUUAGCUAUACGGAGGCAUAUAAUGUUAGUUGUACGAAGGCAUAUAGUGUAAGCUUUACGGAGGCAAAUAGUGUUAGCUAUACAGAGGCUAUAGUGUUAGAUGUACGAAGGCAAUUAGUGUUAGCAAUACGGAGGCAUUUAAUAUUAGGUAUAGUUUUUUAUAUGUAAAGGAAACUUGUGUGUGACAGUGUGUGUUCACUUGGCCCUUCGUCAUUUAACAGGAAUGCGGAUAUUUGUAAAAGUAAGAAUUAAUAAGUACGGCAAAUUAUAAAAGAAAUCUAAUUCCAGUAAUACACGAUCAAAAUAACUAUAGAUGUAUUGAUUUACGUAUAGUCAAAGUUAGACAGUCUUGAAGCAAUAUCACGCAUUUAAUCUACACAAAUGUAAAUCACAAUGUGGCCAUUUGUGUUUCCGUAUAUCUUAAACUUUGCAAUUAUAGGACUUUGUUAAAGAUAUGUGAGGCGUUACACGACCUGUUAAUGCUAUCAUGUUUUGUAUUCCAUGUUUUACAUUCAAGUUCAGUAAGUUUUGUUGUUUUGUUUUUUUCAAUAUUUUUUUAACUUAAUUAUAUUAUAUAUAAUUAUUUUUAGUACAUAGAGACAGACCACAAUAUAUACGUUUGUGUAUUUUAAACGUCUAUAUAAACUGAUAAAGAUCAGGCUCAUUAAAUAUAGAGACAAUUACAUGUGAGUUUUGACUAGUUUUGAAGAUGCAAAGACUGUCUCCUCCAAAGUGUGUCUUUUGCGGCUAUAAUGGGUCACUUUACUUUUUUAUGACACUGAAUUCCCCAUUUUUCUCAUUUCUUACAAUGAAUCAUUUCUACUUACCUAAGUGUAUGUUGAAAAUUUCUCUGAUAUUUUAAAGUUAGUUGUGGAUUUAGUUGUAGAAUAAACAAACUCAUUCAUUUAAAUAUUAAAUAUUUCAUAUACAUUUCGUAACGCAUUUACUUUUUCGAAUUUCAAUAUCGAUAUUCCCUGGAGCAAAAUAAUAUAAAUCAUUCAAAAUGGUUUGCAUUGAUUGAACAAAAAAGAAAAAAGCAACUGAAUUGAAAUUUGAAUGUUAAAGAUAAUAUUCAAAUGAAAUGUAUUGUUUGUGUAACAAGCAUUUUGUCAAUUUCAGUGUCUAAAAUAUAAUAAUUAAAAUGAUUAUGGUAUGUAUUGUUGAGUUUCACUGAACUUGAAUGCUUCUUUCAUCAAAUCAUUUCUGGUAUAAAAUCUAAUAAAAGAAUAUUCUAAUAAAACAUGUAUGUCGCUGUAUGUUAUUCUUGUCUGAUAAACUUAAUGAUGGUUUUGAAAAGGGGAACAAAGUGUGUUAUUCAACAAACAUAAAACUAACAUGCAACACAUUCAUAGUUCUCUGCAUGGGAUAUUUACACGAAAUAUAACACAGCGACUUGAUUUUGAUGGUUACGGUUGUUGUAAGAAGUAAUGCAAGUAUUUCAAACAAUUAAUUUCUCAGAAAUUACAGUAAUAACAAUAAAUGGUGAAAGAUGGUGGUAAUUUUGAUGAUGUUGGUGAUUAUGAUGAAUGCGGUUGUUGUUGUUGUUGGUUAUGUUGGUGGUUUGUUUUUUAUUGUUGUUGUUAUUGUCGUUGUUGUUAUUGUUGGUGGUGGUUGUUAUUGUUGUUGUUGUUGUUGUUGUUGUUGUUGUCGUCGUCAUCGUUGUUGUUGUUGUUGUUAUUGUUGGUGUUGUUGUUGUUGUUAAAGAAAUAACGUAUUUCAAAACAUUGGAUAUAUCAGAAAUUAUAGUAUCCUAACUUCCAUAAUACUUGAAUCGAAAUUAUAUAAUAAUGAAUAAAACAUCUAUUUGAAAACGACAGAGUUCAUAAAUCAUUAAAGGGUAACCUUAAACGUAUUUGGGUUAUUCAGUCAAAUGAAACUGCUUCAAAAGAGAAGAAACUUUCUAUUUUUCAUUGAGUCAAUAAAUUUCGAAAUGUCUAUAAAUAUCUAAAUGAUACAAUUAAAGGACUUUGUUAAAGAUUAUGGGACUUUGUUAAAGAUAUGUGUGGCAUAACACCACCUGAUAAAUUCUAUCAUGUUUUGUAUUUCAUGUUUUACAUUCAAGUUCAGUAAGUUUUGUUUUUUCAAUUUAUUCCUUUUUUAGCUUAAUCACAUAUAUCUAAUUAUGCUUAAUACUUAGAAACAGAGCACAAUAAAUAUGUUUGAGUUGCAUUUAUUCAGCAAAAAAACGAAAAACUGAAUUGUUAUUUGAAUAUUUAACCCUUUUCCUCAUGAGCAUAUUGUGAAAAAUGACCGUUU